CAUAUCCGCACGCCACUGUCUAUUCAACAGUGGACUGACGCCUUUUUUAUUUUCAUGGGGAUUUACAUAGAAAAGUUCCCAGACCAAGCCCCCCACCUCUUAAAAUAUUGUUACUACAUAAGGGAAUUGAGUAAACUUUUAGGAGAUAAGGCGUGGAGUUUAUAUGAUGAAAACUUUCGUUUGUUGAAACAGUCCACUGACUUGCCAUGGCAAAAACCGGUCGAGGAAUUACGAAUCAAAGCUGCCUCCAUUCAUUAUCAGUUACAGCAGCCCUUUCGUUCAAGCACAGGCAAUAAGCCUAUCAAAUUCUGCUACGCAUUCAACAAUGGGAACCAAUGUAUCCACAACCCCUGCCCUUAUACUCACAAAUACCAAGCAUGCUCCGGUUCCCAUGCAAGGGUUAACUGCAGGGUUAGAAAACAAAAACAACCAACAAAUUCAACCGCUAAGUCCUCAUCAAGCACCCAAUCAGCUUCCUUCUCCAGUCAACCCAAAAAGUUUAAGUAGCUUUCUAGCUAAAUAUGAUGGUAACCUUGCUUCUUACCUCAUAAAUGGCUUUACUGAUGGUUUUAGAUUAGGGUGUAUAUCUGCCCCUUCACCAUGUGUACCCCCAAAACCAUAAAUCCACUUUGGAACACCCAGAAAUUAUUAAACAUUAUAUACAAGUGGGUUUAAGCAAAGGACGUAUUGCUGGCCCAUUCUCACACAAACCAUUUGAAAAUUUUGUUGUAUCCCCAUUGGGAUUGGUCCCAAAAAGCAAUACCAGAAAAUUUUGGGUAAUUCAUGAUCUUUCUUUCCCAAAAAACCAAUCAGUCAAUGCUAACAUACCAAAAGAAAAUUCGGUAGUGCAGUAUGAUUCUAUAGAUCAAGUAGUUCAUUUAGUUCAAAAAUUUGGGCACGGUUGCUUAAUGGCAAAGACAGAUAUUGAAGAUACAUUUCGCAUUAUCCCAAUCCACCCAUCUGAUUAUUAUUUGUUGGGGUUUACUUGGGAGGGUCAGUUCUAUUACGACAAAUGUCUACCUAUGGGGGCGAGUAGUAGCUGUAAUUUUUUUUAAUCUUUUAGUACAGCUCUGCAAUGGGCAAUGGAACAUGUUUUUCAUGUCUCUGGGAUAUCGCAUAUUUUGGAUGAUUUUUUCUUUGUGGGGCCCCAAAAUUCGCUUAGUUGUAGGAAUGAUCUUGCCAGUUUUUUUUUUUUUGUUUUUUUUUAUUUCUGUGCAAGUCGAUUGGUGUACCGAUCAAGAUGGAGAAAACUCGGGCACCUACAACCAACAUUGUCAUUUAUCGAAUAGAAGUAGAUUCCACAAAAAUGGAGUGUCGGCUCCCGUUAGAUAAAAUCCAAAAAAUAAGCGACAAGCUGAACUGAAUUAAAAGGUGCAAAAAGGUCACAUUGAGAGACAUGCAAUCUAUCAUCGGUCUUCUAAAUUUUGCUUGCUCUGUUGUGGUACCAGGUCGUACAUUUCUUCGUCGUUUGAUAAAUUUGACAUGCGGCGUAACAAAUCCAAAAUUCUACAUUAGAUUGAAUAAGGAUGCUAGGGCCGAUUUAGACACCUGGGCUAAGUUUAUUGACCACUUUAAUGGAAAGUCAGUAUUUUUGGACAAUGUUUGGGUAACAUCAGACCAUCUCAGCUUAUACAUGGAUGCUUCUGGUGCUUUUGUAUUUUCAGCUGUUUUAGGUGCACAGUGGUUUGUAUGUGAAUGACCAAUUGAAUUGGAGGAUUAUACUAUUUGUGUAAAAGAAUUGUUUACAAUUGUCCUUGCUUUAGAAGUGUGGUCAAGCCAAUUUCAAAAUAAAAAGGUUUUGUUCCUAUCAGACAAUAUGGCUGUGGUAGAGGUCAUCAACAAGAAAUCCUGUAGGGAUAAUUCCUUAAUGAGAUUGCUUCGUAGACUCGUUUUAGUGUCAUUACGGUUCAAUAUCCAUUUUAGAUCAAAGCACAUACCUGGGAAAUUGAAUGUUACAGCUGACAGAUUAUCCCGUUUUAAAUUUCAGGACGCCUUUCGGGAAACACCACAUUUACACAGACAACAAACAAAAAUUUUCCAGCGGAAUUGCUUUACAUUUAACAAACUCAGCACAUAGACUUCUACAAGCUUCAUUGGCCCCAUCAACAAGGAAAGCAUACCAACACUCAUGGCAGCUUCUCCUUACCUGGGCCAAUUCCAUAUCAUUACCUAUACCUUCCAUUACACUGUGUAGUUUUAUGGGUCAUUUAUUUAAAACCGGAUAUUCACCAAGCUCAAUAGCAUCAUACAUUUCAGCUUUGACAUACAUCCAUGAAAUUUUAGGAUUGCCAAAUCCAGCUCAGUGUUUCUUGGCGCAAAAGAUGCUAAGAGGCUGUUACAAAUUAGGUCCAACAGUAGACACUCGUCUACCAAUUACUGGUGAAAUUUUAAAAAGCAUAAUAAAUGCAUUGAGUCAUACAGUUCCUAAUCAGGCCCAAUCAUUAUUACUAAAGGCUUUAUUUCUGGUUGCAUUCCAUGGGUUCUUCAGAUUGGGGGAAUUAGUUGUUACAUCAAAAACACAGUCAGUCAGAGUCAUUCAAAGAUCAGAUGUGCAUUUUGAGGCAGUAAAUGGCAAGCUGAAGCAGGUGCAAUUAGUCCUCCGAAAUUUCAAAACGAUUAAGUGUGGGUAACCACAGAUUAUUACCCUAGAAGCAUCAGUCAAUACUAAUGCAUGCCCAGUACAUGCUUUAUUCAACUACCUGAAACUAUCGUCAUUCCGGUGGACCUCUUUUCCAGUUUUUAGAUGGUUGUCCUGUGUCUUAUUCCUUUGUAGCACAAAAGUUGAAUCAAGUUAUAAGAUUCAUUGGGCUCGAUCCAAACCAAUAUAAGGGUCACAGCUUUAGGAUUGGAGCUGCUACUCAUGCCUCUAAGCUGGGGUUUUCUGAAAAUGCUAUUCAGAAUAUGGGUAGAUGGAAGUCUGAUGCUGUCAAACGUUCCAUCCGUUUGGGUUCAGUUCCUGUCACACUUCAUUGAAGAAAAUUCCUUGAACACAUAUUUAGGGAUUUACAGGUAGUCUAGUCAUUAGUUAUAUCAGUAUUAGCAUACUAUCCCAGCCCGUUAGUAGUGCAAUUUUUGUCUAAAUUCCAACCCCCUUUUUCAUCGUAGUUCAGAUGAUGUCUGCUACCACCCCCAGGGUUUGUAGUUCAGAUUAUGUCUGCUACCACCCCCGUGAUUUGUAGUUCAGAUUAUGUCUGCUACCGCCUUCAUGAUUGGUAGUUCAGAUGAUGUCUGCUACCACCUCCAUGAUCUGUAGUUCGGAUUAUGUCUGCUACCACCCCCAUGUCAUGAGAGUUCAAGUGUAAAUAUCCUAUAUUUAUUAAGAACUAUGUAGUUGCUUUCGUUUGCUUUUUGUUGCUGGCCACCUGACAAAUC